AUGGCCGGGGAAACGGGCCCGAUCGGCCAUGUGGUGUCGAUGCCGAUAGCCAUGGUCAUUGGCGGGUUCUUCGCCUUGGCCUGCUACAACAGCAUCGAGAUAUUCAUAUUCAUAUUCUCCACGUUCAAACGGAAAACCGGGCUAUAUUUUUGGAGUAUGUUGGCGGCGAAUACCGGAAUCGUCAUGCACGCGAUAUCCGUUCUUUUGCGCUUCUUCAGCUUGGCGCCGAAUUUACCCAUGUGCGCCGUCAUCGAUGUCAGUUGGUUCCUCAUGGUCACCGGCCAAGCCGUCGUGCUGUAUUCACGGUUGCAUCUGGUGGUGGGCGACCCUCGAAAGAUCCGCUGGGUACUCAUUAUGAUUAUCGGCUGUUUCGUCUUCAUCCAGUUGCCUACGGCCUCCUUGUUCAUCACAACCAACGUUGGCGGCAGCGUUACGGAUUCGACGUUGACGGUAUUCAACGUAUUUGAGAGGAUGCAGGUGGCAGUAUUCACCAUUCAGGAGGGCAUCAUCUCGUUCCUGUACGUGUACGAGGCGUCGCGUGGUCUGAAGUUGAUGGACGUGAUCAAGGGGCCAAGAGUUCAGGCGGUGAAUCGCGAGCUGAUCGCCUUGUUCAUCCUCGUCGUGACGCUCGACAUCACCCUCAUGGUCACCGAAUAUACGAACAACUUUCAAAUCCAGACCACGUACAAGCCCGUGGUCUACAGCAUCAAGUUGAAGGUCGAAGCCUUGGUGCUCAACAACUUAAUCUUACUAGUGCAGUCAGGAACAUGCACUUGUUUCAACUCGUUAGAAAACAGCUACUCGCUGUCGGGCAAGAGGUUGACAGGCAGCGGUGCUCAAAUGGAUCAUCCCUUUGCAAGCACGCUGGCCCCUAACUCGUCAGUCCGGACGACGUCGGAAGCUACGGCGGCAGUGGAGGGUUGGAGCGGGUUCAUAUAUGAUGGUAGGCCCCAAAAUCCGAAAGGUAGACAAGAUUAA